AUGGCAGCGGUUCAAGCCAAGCCCCAAUGGCCGGUUCGUCCGGGAAUUCAGCAUCAAAAUAGCCAGAAUGCCGCAAGUUUAACAUUAAACAGAUCGAUAAACUUAUAUCCGCUAACAAAUUACACAUUCGGUACGAAAGAACCGCUGUUUGAAAAAGAUGCAUCGGUACCUGCUAGGUUCCAGAGAAUGCGUGAAGAAUUUACUAAAAUCGGCAUGAGAAGGUCUGUGGAAGGAGUACUAUUAGUACAUGAACAUGGUUUACCGCAUGUAUUGUUACUGCAACUUGGGACUGCUUUCUUCAAGCUACCAGGUGGUGAACUUAAUCCUGGAGAAGAUGAAAUCGAAGGGCUAAAGAGAUUGCUUACAGAGACUCUUGGAAGACAAGAUGGAGUUAAACAGGAUUGGCUUAUUGAAGACACAAUUGGAAACUGGUGGCGUCCAAACUUUGAACCACCACAGUAUCCGUAUGUCCCACCCCACAUAACUAAACCUAAAGAACAUAAACGUCUCUUCUUAGUGCAGUUACAGGAUAGGGCAUUAUUUGCUGUACCCAAGAACUAUAAAUUAGUGGCUGCUCCUCUAUUUGAGUUAUAUGAUAAUGCUCAGGGAUAUGGGCCGAUUAUUUCCUCCCUUUCACAAAGUUUAUGUAGGUUCAACUUUGUUUAUAUGUAA